AUGGACCAUGCAAGUGUGGUGCCCAGUAUAGCAUACCAUUUAUUGGAACAGAUGACAGAUGGGUUCUCCGAGGAUCGGGAACUUGGAAGAGGCACAUAUGGAAAAGUCUAUCUGGGAUUGCGUGCGAAUGGGGAGAAGAUUGCUGUGAAGAUGCUUCAUCCCAUUCUAGGACUUGAUGAUGAGCUAUUUGAGAAGGAGUAUCACAACCUUGAAAUUCUCCAACACAAGAAUGUUGUGCGUUUAGUUGGCUAUUGCAAUGAAACUCGGCGGGAAUAUGUGCCAUACAAUGGGAAAAUGGUUCUCGGUGAAGUGACACAUAGGGCGCUUUGCUUCGAGUAUAUGCAAAAUGGAAGCCUUAAUGAUUAUCUCUCUGAUGAAUCUAGUGGACAUGAUUGGCACACACGCUACGCAAUAAUAAAAGGAAUUUCCAAGGGUUUGAAAUACCUUCAUGAGGAACUGGAACCUCCGAUGUUUCAUUUGGACUUAAAACCAGACAAUGUAUUGCUGGAUGAGAACUGCGUGCCUAAAAUUGGCGAUUUUGGAUUGUCAAGGCUAAUCGAUGAACGAACGCGUAUCACUACAAGUUCUGUAGGAACAAUUGGGUACUUACCGCCGGAAUAUAUAAAUCAUCAUGUAAUUUCUAAUAAAUUGGACAUAUUCAGCUUGGGUGUUAUAAUCAUAAAGAUAAUGGGAAAUUGGAGGAAUAGGCUACAUGCAGCAUCAGUGAAUGCACUGGAGUCCUAUUGCAUACAAGUAAAGACGUGCAUUGAAAUGGCUUUAACUUGUGUGGAGGUUGACCGACAUAAAAGGCCGACUAUAGGAAACAUCCUUAAUAAGCUAAACGAGACAGAAACUGCAAGUCAAUUUCCUGAUGCGCUACUAAAGGACCCUGGGUCAACAAAGAACCAGGAAAGCCAGCAAACUCACAUAACAGAAGCAGAAGAAAAACAGGAGAGAGAAGUGAGCGAAACAGAGAAUUGCUUUGGUGAAGUAGUCGACAACUACAAGUUGGAUAAAAUGGAAAGGUACAUGGGCAAACACAAGACACGGGAGGAUCGAGCGCGAGAGGCAUGGAACCUGGUGGACGAGCAUGACAAGGACAACGAAGUUUCUAGGUAUGUCAAGGGUCUGAAGUCCCUCUACGGCAAUGGACAGUCAACGUUGUGCCAUGUGUAUAAUGCGACCGGAGACACCCUCUACCAAGUCGCCAACUACGACUGGUCUGGCCACAUCGGCGGGGCUCCAUACCCAGCUACGAUUGGCAACGGCCAGUGGGCAGCAUUUCAUCACAUCCACCGGGCCGGCGAGUCGUCAGGUUCGGUAGCCGCUGUCGUGUACCGAGGGAAAAAUAAACAUGGCCAAGAUAAGGACUACAUAGUUGCCUGGAGUACCCCAUGUAGUUUCUGGCACCGCAAUAAGAUCGAUUGGUUGCCCAUCUUCCAUCCUCAAAUUUUUCUAAAAUGGUAUGCAACUUCAUUGUUUGAAAUGUGCAACCGCACAGCUGCACAUUUCUAA